ACCACUGAAUUUCAAAAUGACAAAUGACAGUAGGAUGUAGUCUGCGUUGACAGCUAAUGUCAAAACUUGUUGAUGUUUAGACAUUUGCACAAAUUUUGUUUUUAUAAGAAUUUUUCAUCAGCGACAAGUUCUUAAGAUUUUAUUCAUCUUGUGUGUACAUCUAUGUCUCUGUUGUUACUUUUUACCAGAGAUACUCCGGUGAUAACCAGUCAAGCACUAUUAACCUUAGAUGAAGAUAAGUUAUUAACACAGUUUAAAAGUAUUGUUUAAAAUAUGGCACUAGUGGCUAAUUCGCCACGUAGAAACACUUUUAAAGUUAUAAUCAUCGGGGAUUCCAAUGUUGGGAAGACUACAUUAACAUAUAGAUAUUGUGAGGGUGCAUUUACGGAUAAGCCGGAAGCGACAAUCGGUGUGGAUUUUCGACGUAAAAUUGUAGAAAUCGAUGGGGAACCGAUUACUUUAGAGCUAUGGGAUACUGCUGGACAGGAAAGGUUCAGAAUGUCCAUGGCUACUCAUUACUACAGAAAAACAGACGCAAUUCUUUUAGUUUAUGAUGUAACGAAUCGGCUUUCCUUCACCUCUUUAGUGAAAUGGGUGGAAGAGUCGCAGUCCUAUUGCAUGCCCGACGUCCCCAAGAUUCUUGUCGGUAAUAAAUGCGAUGGAGUUGUUACAGUUGCAACACAGGAGGCUCAAAGGUUUGCCGACAUACACAACAUGCGGCUUUUUGAGACGUCCGCCAAGCUGGAUUCGGAAUACGACAAUAUUCGGUCCAUCUUUGAAACUUUAGCGCUGAAAAUAAAAUACCAAAGCCGAUCUUCGCAUUAUGGCCUACGACUGGAAGCUAGCGCCCCGCAUUGCGACAAUUCUAGUAAUUCCUGCUGUUGAUAACAACCAACCAGCUGAACGUGUAUUCAACAUUCCUGUCAUCGGUAUAAUUGUAUGCUUUUUAAUGUAAUUCAUAAGCUUUAAAAUUCACUUUCUGGCUGUUAGUCAGAUUUAAAUGAAAUUAAAAUCAAGUCCGGGUUUUAGAAGCCAAAAUGUCCCUGCCUGGUCAAUGGAAGCGACGUGAACAACCCCGUUAUAAUUCACUCCAUUAUCAUUUCCAUUAGAGAAACCUGUGAUGUGCACUUAAAUAUAUGGAUAUCAAUGUCA